UGAUCCCCGACUUCAUAGCUUAAUAUGUGGAACGUGUUCAUUUGUAGUGUCACUGAAGGAAUACCUUAAAGGCAAGUAGCCAACUUGUGUUUGUGCAUGUGGUGCGUGUGCUUUGACACAUAGUUUAAGGCACGGUUGACUCAUGCAAAAUGAUUAAAACUGGAUAGGUUGCAUCAAAGGCCUCAUGCAAAUGUGUCCCAUCAUUGUGGUGGGACCAGUGUAGAAAGGGAUGGAGCACGGCCUUUUGUACCUCAGUGGCCCCGGCGUGAAUUUGAAUAAUGUCCUCCUGCCUAUAGAGCCUGGAGAAAAGGGAGAUUCGACUACAGACGGACAGCCUGAAAAAAUAUUUUCGACAAGGUGGAGGAAAAGACAAGUACGGGGGGCUUUUCCGGCAGUCGGUGACACGUAGUCUACAGAGGGUGGUAGGACAGGAACUUUCCUCAGCCAAUUUGAAAUGCUGGAAGCUUGAAAUGAGAAAAGAAGGCAAAGACAGAGCUACGAAAACUCAGAGCGACGGACACUCACGUUAAACAGACGAGAAAGUUCACGAUGAAAAGAUAGAGACAAAGAGAUUGCGCGAGAGAGAGAGAGAGAGAGAGAGAGAGAUUACAUGGUCACCUGUGAAUGAUGACACCCUUAAUCUUAUGAAUAUUAUAAUAGGAACCGUGUGUAGAAGAAAAUGUGAAAGUUGAAUACAUUAGAAUAACUCAGAGAUCAUUUUACUGGUGAUCCUGGGCCUUGCGUCUGUCUGGCCCUUUAGUAAAAUCAGCUCUUUUUAUUAUUACAGAUAUUAAGAUGAGUGGUGUCCCCGGGGAAUCAACGGAAUCCCAUAAUGAACAAACAGACGAACAAAACGGGCUGGAGUUUGUCAGACAGAUCAAGACGGAGGACAUCAGCGACUCGUCUGACUCGGUGACAUCGCACAAACCGUACGGCGUGGCUCGCGACUCCCCUCUGUCCGGGGGCCAAGUGACAGGGGACCUGACUUCACUCCAUCCGCUCCAGCAGCUGGUCCUGGUGCCAGGAUCGCACCUCUCCUCCUCCUCGCCCUUCCUCCUUUCCCAGACGCAGAGUAGCCACCAGGCGUUGCUGCAGCCGAACCUGCUCCCUCUGCCUUCACCAUCCCAGCCCAGCCUUCUUCAGCACCAGCCUGGACUGGCACUCCCUCCUCAGACGGUGACUCGGAGCAGCCUGGUGAGCUCCUCUCUGGAUGGCCACCCAGAGAUGGCACAUGUACAGGUGGGCAAGCACCUGGCCCCCCUACCACUGGAUGAGCCCAAUGACCUGGAGGAGCUGGAGCAGUUUGCUAAGGGCUUCAAGCAGAGACGCAUCAAGCUGGGCUUUACCCAGGGUGACGUGGGCCUGGCCAUGGGGAAGCUCUACGGUAAUGACUUCAGUCAGACUACCAUCUCACGCUUCGAGGCGCUCAACCUCAGCUUCAAGAACAUGUGCAAGCUAAAGCCACUGCUGGAGAAGUGGCUUAGCGAUGCGGAGACCGCCCCCUCUGAUAGCAUGGUCAGCACCACUGCUGUCACCCCCCUCGUGGAGGGCUUUGGGAGGAAGAGGAAAAAGAGGACGAGCAUCGAGGCCAACAUCAAGCUGACCCUGGAGAAGCGCUUUGCGGACAACCCGAAGCCCAGCUCCGAGGAAAUUACGGUGAUCUCCGAGCAACUUUCCAUGGAGAAGGAAGUGGUGCGAGUCUGGUUCUGUAACCGCCGACAGAAGGAGAAGAGGAUCUGCAGCUCCGUUGCUGUGCCAUCGGAGAAAGUCAGCAGCGCCACCCCCAGGCUGGUUUCGUCUUCCAGAAUUUUCAACCCCAUUGCUGGAAAUGGAGUGCUGUCCAACUCCUCACCCAGCAGCCCCAGUCACGGGUCGUCCCCCACCGGGCUCACGUCCGGUUCUGGCAGCCUCACCUCACAGGGGGUCACCCAGUCGAUCAGCGCCGCAGGACCUUGGUAUCGAGCGUGGAACGCCAAUACGUAUCUUCACUGAACGCUCUGAAGCAUGAUGUGGCCACUUUCUAAACAUGCUCAGAUAUCGGUUGAAAAUGAAUCAUUGCUAUAGUGGUGUAGUACAUAGAAGCCAUAACACGAGGAAAGUUGUGUCUGUAACGUGGAAGCAGCGAACCUCCGUCUACAGCACGAAAGCAAACGCACACCAACGCGGAAACAUUUCGCCGAGUGUGUGAAUUCUCGAGAGGCCGAGAGUGAAAUAGGGCGUUUUGCUCUGAGUUUGCGAGCGACCGGAGUUUGCCCUCGCCUGUACUAUGGUAACCAAAGUUGUGGACACUUGUGAGCGAAAGCUGUGUAUCUGACUUCUUUCAGACUAUGUUUACAGUUGCAUUCAUUUAAGAAUUCACUUUUUAUGUCAGGAUCUUAAGCACACUUUUUUGAAAAUGCCCGACCAUGUACAUAGUGAGUGUUUUCACGGUAAUUAGUCAGCAAAAUUGUUCAAUAUUUGUAUUUUUAUACAUGCCUUGCUGAGUGUAUAGGCGGAAAUGUGCUACUGGGCAUUCUGAGUGUAUUUUAUGAAGAAAUAAAU